AUGUUUGGUGCUGCUGUAUUUGAUGCUUUGGAAUCGAAAGAAGAAGCUAUCAUUCGUGCUACAUUAAGACAGCGAAUGGCUCGCAUUUUAUAUAAAAAUGAUACAAUUCAAAAUGAAAGUGCUUUUCAUAGUUUAACAACAGCUAUAUUUGAAAAUCGACAUGUGCGUACUGGAACAACUAAACAAUGGACAUUUCCUGGUGCUUUCUAUUUUUCAAUAUUAGUUGUGACUCUUAUUGGUUAUGGACAUACAACGCCAAAGACAAUCGGUGGUAAAAUUUUUUGUAUGGCUUAUACAGUUGCUGGAGUACCUCUUAAUUUAAUUAUGUUUCAAUCGACUGGUGAACGAUUAAAUACAAUUAUUUCUUUUAUAUUGUCACGUUUAAAACGUUUACUGAGAUUUCGUCGUCAUAAAGUAUCUAGUUUUGAAUUAAUUGCCGUUGAAUUUGGUAUGACAACAAUGCUGAUACUAGGUGGUUCACUUAUUUUUUGUAAACAAGAAAAAUGGACAUAUUUUGAAUCAAUUUAUUAUUCAUUUGUUACUUUUUGGACAAUAGGCUUUGGUGAUUUGGUUCCAUUGGCCAGUGUACAACGGUCUGGAGAAUCACUCUAUUCUCGUUGGGGUUAUUUUGUAUUUACUGUAUCAUUUAUUUUAUUCGGUUUAGCCAUAAUGGCUUCGUCUCUAAACUUAUUGGUACUUCGUCUUGCCCGAUUUCAAUCGGAGACUAGUACGAGUGGAGUAUCAGCUCUUCUUACUCGAAAUGAAGAGGAUUUGAUAGCCGCUGCUAUUGCACAUCAUCGUGCAUCUAUUCAUAUACAACAACAUAAUCGUAUUUGUUCGAAUACCAACGAUCUAAAUCAACAUCAAUUGUCGGGACAAUCAUAUACACUUAUGCAAAUGCCUUCAUGGUAUUCAGCAUCAUCCUCUUCUUCAUCAUCGUUGAAUUCAAGAAUUGAUUUUACUAAAAAUUCAAAAGUACGAAAUUGUUGUUUAGGAUUUACAUUAUUUAAUAGUCAAAAACAUCGACGACGACAUUGGCAUUUACGUCGAUCACCACAAAAUAUAAAACAUUUACUUUAUUUUGAUCAUGUAUUAGAAAAUCCUAAAUUAACAUUAUUACGAAAACCACAAAUUCUUCCUCAAUAUGAUUAUCAUAAUCUUCAUCUGAUAAAUCAUGUAUCUGGAAUCGGUUCACAGAAGCAACAUAGAAUUUCAAUUUGA